AUGAUCAAAAAUGCUUCUAUGGAUGGUGCUUCAUCUUGUACAGCAAACAACAGAACUGAUGAAACACAAAAAGGUUCUUUAUUGUUAUCGGGAUUGAGUUUUUCGGAAUUGGAGAAUCAACUGGUACAAUACAUGCACAGCUCAACCAAAGUGCUUGCUUCCUUGCAGAGAUUUGUGAGGAAUAAUUUGGAAGUGAAAAGAUCAGCAAAUUACAAAUGCAAAAAAACAGAUAAUCCCAAUAUACUUUUAGAUGUUCUCGAUUUACAUCGAGAUCAUGAGGAAAUUGUUGUUCAUUGCUUAAAAACAUUGCGAAUACUGGCGAGAAAGCAACAAAAUAGAGAAAAUAUUUCAACAAGACUUAUUCAAACACUAUCAAGGAUAUUACAGGAAAAUAAGGAUCAAAACAUGGAGCUUGCUUCAGAAGGAUCCAAUGUCCUUCUCAACCUAUGCUUUGAAGCCAGAAACGUUUCCUCCCUGACAAGCACCAACUGUGUGCCAGCACUCAUGGAUUUGUUGUCACAACAAGAAAAUAAGGAGGUGCUAGUGGCAGCGUUGGGGGCGCUUCAUAGCAUUAGCUUUCAAGAAGUGGGAAAGAAAAUGUUAAUAGAAUGCAAUGCAAUCGAAAAGUUAUGCCCACUUUUGAAAGAAAACAACAAGAAGGUAAAGAAAAAAGCCAUUGGAACCAUUCAUAAUUUAUCAUCGGAACUUUCUGUUGUUCACAUGAUUAACAAUUUACAACAAAUACCAUCCAUCAUUGACUUGUUAGAAGACACAAACCCUUCAAUAGCAUCGUCAGCUGCUGGAUGUUUGCAAAAUUUAUCAAGAGAUGAUAGGGCUCGCGAUGUUAUUCAACAGCUCGAAGGACCUGCUCGAUUGACAAACUUGAUCUUCUCUACAGACAACACCAUGGGUCAAGUGAGCUCUAUAGGAGCUUUGGUAAAUAUACUGGGACCUGACGCUCAACAUGACGAAACGAAGAAAAAAGCUCUGAAAAAGAUACUUGGCAUGUGUUUGCUUGUAGGGCAACUAAAAGGCCUCUCGGUUGAUCUGGAGAACAUGGCAGAUUUUUCUAUUACUUCCCAAGAUGACAUUUCGUAA